UUUGUCUCAGUGACGUCCACCGGAAGUGAAACUAAAAGGCUCCAGCAGCAGCGUGUGUGGACUCAGCAGGAAAACGGUUGUGUUUUCGUUUCUCAGCUGAAUCUCUGCGUAGUUUCAGCAACAAUGUCUUCAGUUCAGCAUCUGAGAGAGUUUAUCAGAGAGCGACUAACUGCUGCUGCUGAAGAAAUCUUCUCAGAGGUUGAGAAAACCAUCGUCCGCUACGAGGAAGACGCCAGACGGCUGGAAAGCUGCUGGAGACCCCAGAUAAAACUCACCAGAAUCGGUCCAGAUGAAGACGAACCUGACCCUCUACAGAUUAAACGGGAACAAGAAGAACCGGAACUUCCUCUAAGUGAAGAUGGCCUGGAGGCACCACAGUUUGCACAAAUUAAAGAACACCAGAAGGACCCAGAAUAUAGAGGAAUUAAGGGAGAUCCGUAUCAAUCAGAACGUCUACAGGAGGGAAACCAAGACUCACCAGAACCUGUAGGGGUGAUAGUUACUCAGAGAGAACCAGCACCACAGAUUGAAUAUGAACAUACAGAACCACAGUUGCUGUACGCACCAGCCUCUGACGGUCAGGAUGGAAAGCUGUUGGUACUAAAGGAGGAAGCAUUUAUGGACCCGCCACCUUAUCAGCAAGAUGAAGGAGAACCGAACAUGGAGCAGUGUUACUCUAAUUACAGUUCUGAAGCUCAGACCCAAAGUCCAGAAGUAAACAACCCCACUGUGUUGCAGAGUUCGUCUCAUACAUUCACUGAUUCAUCUCUAAAAUGUGACUUUUGUGAAAAGGUCUUUAAGCACAAAAACAAUUUGGUUCAGCACCACAGAACUCACACAGGUGUGAGGCCCUUUCCCUGUAAAACCUGCGGGAAGAGCUUUUCCAAAAGCAGCAAUUUGAAGGUUCACCUGAGAACUCACACAGGUGAGAAGCCCUACGUCUGUGGGAUCUGUGGCAAAGCUUUAAGCUCAAAAAGGCAUCUGACUGAUCACAUGGGCACUCACUCCAGUCAGAAGCCCUACGCUUGUUCCGUGUGUGGAAAAAUGUUUUCUCAUGAGAGCUCAUACCAGUACCACAUGAAAAGUCACAACAACGACAAACCUUUCUCUUGUGACAUGUGUGGGAAAAGGUUUAUUCUUAACUCCAGUCUGCUGAAGCACGUGAGGACCCACACCGGUGAGAAGCCUUUCUCAUGCGGUAUAUGUGGGAAAGGAUUUGCUCAGCGCAGUAACUUGAACGUUCACAUGAGAGUUCACACAGGCGAGAAGCCAUACUCCUGCCCAACGUGUGGGGAGAGGUUCUGUCGUAGAGCAAGUCUGCUCAUGCACAUGGAAACUCACAUAACCGUCUGACUGAGCAGAACCUCAAUAUUUGUGACACGGGCUUAAUUUAAAGGCUGAAAAGAUCUACUUUCAGUCCUUUGGUUAAACAUCUGCUGUGUAAGUGCCUUAUUUUGUUGAGAAACUAUGUUGGUAAAGAUUCUCAGUCAUCCAGGUUAUGAUCGAUCCAAAAAAGGGUUAAAAAUAAGACAACUGGACUUCUGUUCUGAAGCUGAAGACGUUUCUCUCCCCAUACAGGAAGCUUUCUCAAUUCAAAAUGUCUGGAGUAGUGAGGAUUUCCAUGUUUUAUAACUUUAUUUGUUUUUUUCUCGCUUUAUGUAAAUGGAUUCCUUCACUCCCAACUUCAAACAGAGGAGGAGGGCUCAGGUUUCAACUGUCGAAAACUUAAAACACAGCGAUAGGUUUGAUUCCUGCCAAGUUUCACCCCAGUUCACACCUACAUGCAUGUGACCACAACAUUCCUCCUUUGGGCCAGGCUAACGAGGAGCCUAACGACUCUCCAAUGUUGGGGCGACCAGUUCCAGGUGAAUCUAAGCUCUAACAAGGCCUCGCCAGCGUGUCUAUAAAGAGAAACGCCUUCAGCUGUUUUCAUCUUUAACCUUUUUUUGGUUUGAGAGACUUUAUAGGUAUCUGAAAAAAGGAGGGUUGUGAACAGUACCGAUAAUCGCCUGGUGUUUUGUUUUUUUGUUGUUUUAUUAUUGACUCUUGAAUCCUCCUCUAGCUUCCUGUAUCGGCUCCUGCAGGUUUUCUGCAACAAGAUUAAAAAAAAGCCGUGGUCCUUGAUCUCCCUGCCUUCACAUGAUGCCUCUAACAUAUCAUUAGGUCUGCAGUCUUUAAUCACUUCGAGUCGAUGUUUUAAGCUGGUGGAAAAACAAACAUUGAAGACAUCAUCUUGUCCAAACGAUGUUGUUCCAACACAUUUUUCCUAAGAAAAGUUUUUGUUUUCUUUAAGGUUGUCAGAUCAGGCCUCUCUUUAACAGCAGUCUCAGCUCAAGUGUUGUCUGCCUGUUUUAAACAUACAGUUGUGCAGCCUGUGUAUAAAUACCCAACCUUGACUCAUCUGAGCCUCUGUGUUUCUGAUUUAAGCCCAUUUCAAAAUGGCCUUUUAUUGCCUUUUAUUUUUUCUGGAAAUAGUGAUUUUUGCAGCUACAGUCCUUUUUAAAAGCGCACAGUGUCCUUUAACCCCUUAAACCCAUUCGUAUCAGUACUUGGGCUUAAGGGGUUCAAAAUUCCAGCCUGGUGUCAUAGUACAAGAACUGUACUUCUGAAAGUUUUUAUUGAUCUUUAAUUGGCCGCUAAGUCAGGAGACUCUCCUGUUCUCUUGCUUCUAGAUAUGUCAGCUGCCUUUGAUACUGUUGAUCAUAUUAUCUUAAUCUCUCAACUGCAGCACUGAUCUAGAGUUCAGAGUUAUUCUGUCAAUCUUGGAGAAUCUGCUUAUUUUUCAACUCCCUUGACUUGUGGGGUUCCUCAGGGAUCUAUUCCUGGGCCAAUUUUAUUUUCUAUAUCUUGCCUUUUACUAAAUUUUCAGAAAACAAAUUUCUUUUGAUUCAUAUGCUGAUGACACUCAGAUGUAUCUUCAGCUGAAGGGUAAAUGUUUUGCCUCAAUAAAACCAUUAUUUCACCUCAAAUCUCCUUAAGUUCAGUAAGAGGUCAUUAUGUUUGGGUCAAGAGGUGAUCAGUGUUCCCCCUCUCUGGAUCAGGACAGGCUUUUGUUACAAUUAUAAGUAAAAUUAUCAGGUUAGAGUCUCACCAUAAAUGUGAUUAAACCAAUUUUUCAAUUUGACAGCGAUCCUUUUUUUAAACUGAGGCACUUAUCCAAAGUGAAAUAAUUUUUAUCACAUAUAAACUCUGAGCAGGUGUUUAUUACAUCCAAACUGGAUUAUUGCUAUUGUUUAUAUGUUGGUGUUACUCAUCUCACAUGUCAGGCCCGCCUCACAAGACUGCAGCUGGUCUUCUAAACCAAAUGAACAGGGGUGACUAUUAUUUCCCAGUCCUUGCUUCUUUGGCACCCUGUUCAUUUUAGAGUUAACUUUGGUAUUCAUUUUAAUUAAUUUAUUCUGUGAACCUAUGUGGCACUGAGGGGACAGGCUCUGGUGUAGCUGACCUCCUGCAGCCGUAUGCGCCCUCUAAAUCAAAUGUGGUACUGGACACAUUGAAUAACAUCUUUACUAAUGAUAUUUUUACUACUUGAAUAAACUUAAUGUUUGUUUUUCACUAUCCAGAAUGUUUGUGGCUAUGAGCCUCCUGGGUUGAGAACACAAUGAUUGUCUGCUGAUCGCUGCAAUAAUAUUGACACUCAAAGGAUUUUAUCCAUUCAACAAUCUAAACUGAUUUAUUUUUUUUAUAUUGAAUGUUGUUUUUUUCUAUUUUGACAUUUUGUUGGAAAACUAAUAAAUG